UCUCCUUAACAGUGUAUGAGGCAGGAAAGGGGAUCAAGUCGGCCGUGCCCACACCGGUGCCCAUCUUUCCUCCAUACUACAUCCCCGGGAUGCCCACGAUGGUGCCCAUCACACCACCCUCCCUCAUUGAGCCAUACCUGUCCAGUGCAGUGUCAAUGGAGAAUGGCUCGGCAGAGCGGAGCGGUUUCCAUCUCCAGCCUGUGCCAGAUCACAGUUCUCUGAAGAUGCUGCAGUACGUGGAGAAACAGUUGGCGGAGUUCAAUCCGUCACACACACCAAGCAUCUGUGCAGACUCCUGCGCUGUGUCUGAGCUGAGUUCAUUACACCAUGCAGAGGCCGACUUCCGUCAGAGCUAUCGACACAUUCAAAAGAAGGCUCUGCCGGCCCUCCCUGACCCCGGUGACCCAGCUGACCUGCGGAAGCUGGAUUUAUCUCCCGCUCGUGAGGGAAGAUACCUGCAUCAGCACAGGAAUCAGGAGAACCCCAGGUGGAACCCUCGCUCGGAGCACCUGCAGAGGAAGGUGUGUGUGGAGCGCAGGCGCAGUGGCUCUGUGGAGCUGGAGGAGUUCGCUCUGGGUUACACACCGCGAGGAAGACGACAUACACCACAGGGAGAACACACACUCGAGGACGACGAAGAACAGAAGCGCCAGCGGGAGCAAGAGCUGGACCAAUAUACACUACACUCUUCCAAACACCAGUCUCCAAACAUCAGUCCCGCCAGACGCCUGCCCACCCCUCCACCUGUACCUGGAGAAAGACCCGAGUGUUGGGAGAAUAAUGAGCCGGGAGCGCGGGACCAGAGGGUGCUGGGGAGCAGAUAUAAUGAUGCCCUCCUCAGCAGAUUACUGGAGCGGAAAACUAACGCUGCGCUGAGCGGCUCUCCAACCGCAGGACGCACUGAAGCCUCGGACUCGAACUCCAGAAAGAGCAGCGAGCGACUCCAGAACAGCAGAACCCGGUCGCCCUGCCAGCAGAUGGGGGACAGUGGAGAUAAACACACACACCUGAGCAGAGACAAACACACACACCUGAGCGGAGACCAACACACACACCCGAGCACACCGCAGGAGCAGAACCGGCCUCGGAAAGUGAGCACUCUUCUCAGCAGAGACUCGCUUGUAGUGUGACAACCAGGAGAUGCACGCCUGAAACAUGUCAACAACACGCCUGAAACAUGCCGAAAACACGCCUGAAACAUGUCGACAACAUGCCUGAAACAAUCUGACAACACGCCUGAAACAUGCCAACAACACGCCUGAAAAAUGCCGACAACAACAACAUGCCUGAAACAUGUCAACAACACACCUGAAAAACACCAACAACAUGCCUGAAACAUGUCAACAACACACCUGAAACACGCCAACAACAUGCCUGAAACAUGUUAACAACACACCUGAAACACGUCAACAACACACCUGAAAAAUACCAACAUGCCUGAAACAUGUCAACAACACACCUGAAACAUGUCAACAACACGCCUGAAACAAGCCUAAAACACGCCAACAACAUGCCUGAAACACGCCUAAAACUCGCCAACAACACGUCUGAAACACACCAACAACAUGCCUGAAAUAUGUCAACAACACGCCUGAAACAUGCCGAAAAUACGCCUGAAACAUGUCGACAACAUGCCUGAAACAUUCUGACAACACGCCUGAAACACGCCAACAACACGCCUGAAAAAUGCCGACAACAACAACAUGCCUGAAACAUGUCAACAACACACCUGAAAAACACCAACAACAUGCCUGAAACAUGUCAACAACACACCUGAAACACGCCAACAACAUGCCUGAAACAUGUCAACAAAACACCUGAAACACGUCAACAACACACCUGAAAAAUACCAACAUGCCUGAAACAUGUCAACAACACGCCUGAAACAUGUCAACAACACGCCUGAAACAAGCCUAAAACACGCCAACAACAUGCCUGAAACACGCCUGAAACUCGCCAACAACACGUCUGAAACACACCAACAACAUGCCUGAAAUAUGUCAACAACACGCCUGAAACAUGCCGAAAACACGCCUGAAACAUGUCGACAACAUGCCUGAAACAUUCUGACAACACGCCUGAAACAUGCCGACAACAACAACAUGCCUGAAACAUGUCAACAACACACCUGAAAAACACCAACAACAUGCCUGAAACAUGACAACAACACGCCUGAAACAAGCCUAAAACACGCCAACAACAUGCCUGAAACACGCCUGAAACUCGCCAACAACACGUCUGAAACACACCAACAACAUGCCUGAAACAUGUCAACAACACGCCUGAAACAUGCCGAAAACACGCCUGAAACAUGUUGACAACAUGCCUGAAACAUUCUGACAACACGCCUGAAACAUGCCAACAACACGCCUGAAACAUGCCGACAACAACAUGCCUGAAAAAUGUCAACAACACACCUGAAACACGCCAACAACAUGCCUGAAACAUGUCAACAACACGCCUGAAACAAGCCUAAAACACGCCAACAACAUGCCUGAAACACGUCUGAAACACACCAACAACAUGCCUGAAACAUGUCAACAACACGCCUGAAACACGCCUAAAACACGCCAACAACAUGCCUGAAACACGCCAACAACAUGCCUGAAACACGCCUGAAACACGCCAAUAACACGCCUGACACUCGCCAACAACACGUCUGAAACACACCAACAACAUGCCUGAAAUAUGUCAACAACACGCCUGAAACAUGCCGAAAACACGCCUGAAACAUGUCGACAACAUGCCUGAAACAUUCUGACAACACGCCUGAAACAUGCCGACAACAACAACAUGCCUGAAAAAUGUCAACAACACACCUGAAACACGCCAACAACAUGCCUGAAACAUGUCAACAACACACCUGAAAAACACCAACAGCACACCUGAAACACGUUAACAACACACCUGAAAAACACCAACAACAUGCCUGAAACAUGACAACAACACGCCUGAAACAAGCCUAAAACACGCCAACAACAUGCCUGAAACACGCCUGAAACUCGCCAACAACACGUCUGAAACACACCAACAACAUGCCUGAAACAUGUCAACAACACGCCUGAAACAUGCCGAAAACACACCUGAAACAUGUUGACAACAUGCCUGAAACAUUCUGACAACACGCCUGAAACAUGCCAACAACACGCCUGAAACAUGCUGACAACAACAUGCCUGAAAAAUGUCAACAACACACCUGAAACACGCCAACAACAUGCCUGAAACAUGUCAACAACAUGCCUGAAACAAGCCUAAAACACGCCAACAACAUGCCUGAAACACGCCUGAAACUCACCAACAACACGUCUGAAACACACCAACAACAUGCCUGAAACAUGUCAACAACACGCCUGAAACACGCCUAAAACACGCCAACAACAUGCCUGAAACACGCCAACAACACGCCUGAAACACGCCAAUAACACACCUGAAACUCGCCAACAACACGCCUGAAACACACCAACAACAUGCCUAAAACACGCCAACAUGCCUGAAACACGCCAACAACACGCCUGAAACACACCAACAACAUGCCUAAAACACGCCAACAACAUGCCUGAAACUCGCCAACAACACACCUGAAAAACACCAACACCACACCUGAAACACGCCAACAACAUGCCUGUAACACGCCUGAAUCCUGUCUCAGCACCAGCUCCAGUGCUGAUAUGAGGAUUAUAGCAUGGUGUGUUUGGUCAUGGCAGAGACAGAGAAAUGUAGAAACACACAGUAUUCACUCUGAGGUGUGCGGAGCAACACACCCUCACGGAGCGAACACACACUCGCCGGUGUGUGUGUGUGUGUGCUGGAUUAUGUUUGAGGAACACAGCACUGCUGCUGUAGUAGUGUAUGAGCACAGCUCUCCUCCUUCAUCAGUAAUUCUCACACUCUGUCAGAGCUGCAGAUGUUCUCCUGACUGAGCUUUCUGCUAAUAUGAGCUAAUCAAUGAUGUUCUGCUGAUUCUGUACAUGAUGAUGUCUAUUGCAGAUCCCGUCACACACACACACACACACACACACACACACACACACACACACACACACACAUUUUAUAGCAGGAUUAUUAGAUACAGCUCUGUUAUUUUAAAAAGUCUCUGUGUGUGUUUGUGUGUAAAACAGACGUCACAGUGGACCUGCAGUGCUGGACUUCUUUUCUAUGUAAUGUUUGUGUGUGUGUGUGUGUGUGUGUGUGUGUGUGUCAAACAAGAUGAUUUAUUCCUCCACUUGUGUAAAUGAUAAACAGGGCUGAGAAUAUUUUUAUGCAGCUGUUUACAUUGUUUACUGAAUUAUGAAUGUGUGUGUGUACUAGCUUUUCCAUACUGAAACUGUUAACUACAUCAUCACGUCUGUUUGAGUAAAAAUAUUGUGAUCCUGACA